AUGGUUGGUCACAGUGAUUUGUUUCUCGAUAGUUGUCUGUUUAUUACUUAUUCUCUACUGGUUCUUGAUGUUGGUCAAGAGUUUUCGUCAACGUUUGCGGAUAUUCAUGGUUUGAAAGUCAUCUUUUUGGAUACAUUUGUUGAAUGGACCUGUCAAUUCGCAUCUUCAUUUCCUGCUUCCCUCAGUGACAACACUGGAGGUAUCCGCAUGGCUGGAAUAGUCAAUGACAUAGUAAUAGAGACGCUUGCCUUUAUUAAUGACAUUACAAAUGAAUUAAAAUUGGAAUAUUCCAAAGUACCUAAACCCCUGAUGGACUUUUCAAAUCACCUGAAGUUUUUGAUGAAAACUUCAUCUAGGCGUGCGUUUGGCUGGAUUGAUUAUUGUUGUAAAUUAAGGAGUUACUGUAGCAGAAUGUUACAUUGUAUCAAAUUCACAAAUACAUCUUUGUCUUCUGAAGAGGAUUUAGAGGAAGUUUUUGAACCGUAUUCGAAAAUCCCAUGCACCACCUUAAGCAUUUCAGCAUUAAAAACAUUAACUAAACGUGAAGUAAUGAAAGACACUGUUAAUAUUGAGGACUCAUUAAUCUCAUUGAAUAUUCAUAUGGAUUCAAAUUUGUUCAGUAACAUUUACAGACUGGCGUAUGAUAAGAGCGGUAUUAUACAAAUCAUUCAACAGGUGCAAACAGAUUACCAGGAUCUAAAUAAAGCAGAUAAUAAAAAUUUACCCAGUCUUGCCAACAUUCAACAACAUUUACUUAAAUUGUCAUCAGUUUUUAUUACUUUGGAUACUUUGAGGCGAUUCAGUGACGAAAUACCACUUGAACAACUCCAAACACCAGUAAUUUUAGCCGAUAGUAAGGGAUUGAAACAUACGCCCAUAAUUAGUGGUAAUGAAAACGCUGAUAUGGAUUGUGAACAAAAAGGAAGAAAAUUAGUUGACAAAUGUUGCUUUGAACAAUUUUGUGGGCCAUCACCCUCAACAUCAACGUGUACACCUGUCCCUGAAGAAAAAAAGAAAGUUAGGAAGUAUAUAAUCCGUCUUCCGAAAGAGGAAUGGAAAUCACACAAAACACCUUGGACAAUUGAAGAAUCUAUAGCAUUAUGGCAUGGAGUAAUGUAUGCUCCUGGUUCGAAAAGUUGGUCUCAAAUCUGGCAUCAAUCCUUUCGACAUAGUAAUCGUAGUCAAGUAAAUUUAAAAGACCGGUGGCGUGUAAUAGAUAAUAGUGAAACUAUUAAAAAUGUAAUUCGACAGGCGUAUAUUAGUUGGACAUCACAGUUUACAAAUGGAAAAGGCAGUCCAGUCAGAUAUAAUAAUUUACCAAUGCCAGUUAUUGUACGUACCUGUCAAUCAACUUAA